AUGACCCCGAGUUCAGCCUUCGUUGCCCUGCUGCUGACCACACUGCUGGCUGGUCCUGCUCUGGCCUCGGAGAUCGUGGGGGGCCGUCCAGCUCGACCCCAUGCAUGGCCCUUCAUGGUGUCCCUGCAGCAGCGUGGAGGUCACUUCUGCGGGGCCACUCUCAUCGCCCCGAACUUUGUCAUGUCGGCCGCACACUGUACGAAUGGCAUGAACAUUCAGGGAAUCCAGGUGGUGCUGGGAGCUCAUGACCUGAGCCAGCGGGAGCCCACGCGGCAGGUCUUUAGGGUGCAGAGGAUCUUCGAGAAUGGCUAUGAUCCCACAACCUUACAGAAUGACAUCGUGAUUAUCCAGCUUAACGGAUCGGCCGCCCUCAAUUCCAAUGUGGGCCUUGCUCAGCUGCCAGCCCAGAAUCAGGGCCCACGAAAUGGGACUCGGUGCCUGGCCAUGGGCUGGGGUCGGUUGGGCACCAACAGGCCGACCCCCAGUGUCCUGCAGGAGUUGGACGUGAAUGUGGUGACAUCCGGGUGUCGGCGGACUAAUGUGUGCACGUUGGUGCCCCGUCGAAGGGCUGGCAUCUGCUUUGGAGACUCAGGGGGACCCCUGUUGUGCAACGGGGUCAUCCAAGGAAUCGACUCUUUCAUCCGCGGUGGCUGCGGCUCAGGCCUCUACCCCGAUUCCUUCGCUCCCGUGGCCCAAUAUGCAAACUGGAUCAACUCCAUCAUCCGCAGGGACAGCCCGGCCCCGAUGCACCCCAGAGACCCGGCAAGCAGGAUCCACUAG